GUGCAAAUUAUUUUAUGUAGGUUGAGCAAACCACUUACUAAUAUUACUAAUAAUAUAUACUACUAUUAUAUAAUUAUUAUAUAUUACUUAAAAUACAUUAUAUUUCAAGUAAUCCUAUUUUUUUUUUUAAUGGUUGUGUUUUUUGACUUAUUGUAUACAAGCCAUUUUUGGGACAUAACAAUUAGUUACUCUGUGCAUUCCCAAGUAAAGCGAUACAUCAUACAUAGUUAGUUCCUCAUGCUUUAUAAUUAUCUUACUUAUUAUCAUAUUCCGACCACUCGUUCUCAGUUUAUGAAUGGUGGGCAAUAUUGAGUUGGUGUUGUAUUCAAGCGCCAUAGGAAAUUUGAAUUGUGUUGUGAGUAAUGAUGUUUGGUGAAGCAUGUGUCUUGAUAAAAUAUAUCUAUAACUAAUACCACCUGAAGUGAGGAUGAUUUAAUCCAGGUCUAGUCUUGAGACAGGUAAGAAUGUAUAAAGAUCAGUUAUCUUGGGGAACCGAGAAGGAGAGAGAGAUUGCAGCUUGGACAAGCUCCGUUAAUUUGAUUCCAGUAUGAGUUGAUUUUUCCUCAGUUUUCUGUAAAUAUCUUUAGUUUUUUUGUUGCUUUUCACAUUUAUGGAAGCACUUGAAUAAAUGCCCACAAAAGGGGAAUUAAACCACAACGUCCUGAGUCUGCCUCCUACUUAUGACCUACUCUGGCAACACCUAUCUUGCAGAAUGAUUCCUAAUAAUGUUGCCUGAAGAAUGAAGCAUAUAUAAAGUUAAUAGACUUGGUCCAAGCACAGAACCUUGUGGAACUCCAUGACUAACUUGAGUGUUUAUAGAGGAUUCAUCGUUAACAUGUACAAACUGAGAACGAUUUCAGAGACAAGUCCAUUGUCAGAAGCAAUCAGAAGGUCAUUAUUAACUUUAACCAGAGCUGUCUCUGUGCUAUGAUGAACUCUAAAUCCUGACUGAAAAUCCUCAAAUAAACUAUUGUUAUGUAGAAAGUCACACAACUCUUUGGCGACUACUUUCUCCAGAAUCUUAGAGAGGAAGGGGAGGUUAGAAAUCGGUCUAUAGUUGGCUAAAACCCCUGGGUCAAGAGUGGACUUUUUAAGAAGGGGUUUAAUUACAGCUACUUUAAAGGACUGUGGUACAUAUCCUGAUAAUAAAGAAAGAUUAAUCAUAUCCAGUAAAGAAGUGCCAAUUAAGGGUACGACUUCUUUAAGCAGUCUAGUUGGGACAGGUUGAUGGCUUCGAUUGAAGUUAAUUGAUGAAGAUCGAUAGCAGAUAGUCUAAAUAUAUAUCUAUAUCUAUAUCUAUAUUUUAAAGUCCCUGAACUUGGAGAGCCAGUGAUACCUGUUGAGGGCAUUUGGUGAUGAAGUUUCUCUCUAAUAGUAAUAAUUUUAUUAUAAAAGGAGGUCAUAAAGUCGUUGCUAUUUAAGGGUUGUGGGGAUAUGUGGCUCAAUAGAGCUGUGUCUCUGUCAGCGUGGCUACAGUGCUGAAGAGGAACCUGGGGUUGUUCUUGUUUUCUUCUAUAAGUGUUGAAUAAUAGGCUCUGGGGUUCCAUAUGUUCUAAGACUAUCUUGCCAAAUUGGGGAUCGAUGACCUACUCACCCUCUGAGCCACAGCCGCCCAUGGAUAAAAUAUUGAUAGGUAUGUUUUUAUUAGUGUACAAUCACCUCAAAAUAAGAAGCAUUGUGAAUUUGUUACCUUAGAAUGAGCCACUACAGAGGCCCCGCUCCCUCUGUAUCUACAAAAUCCGCCAUGUUGAACCACCAUGUUUCAACAGUAGCCCAGAACGGACAAACCAGGCCUGAACGAAAACAACUAUCUGUAGUCUUCACAUCUAACGUUACUCUCUAUUUUAAAAACGUACUCAACCGGUUAUUUCCCCAGACCUUUUAUAUACCACUUCUGUCGAACACCGGGCUUUGUGUUUUUUAUCCUUUCUCCUGUGUUCCCUCAGGGGGGCUCUUGAAGACCCUCCCGCUACUCUCUGCCCCCUCCUCAUUUCAGGGAGCCCUGUAUUGUUGUGCGGACCGUACCAAAUGCGCCAGAGAGCGGGGGUGUAUUGAUGAGGCAGUUCAGCGGCUGGACAGCUCCCGUCCGUUUGUCUGACCAUGCACCUGGAUCUCGAGGCCCGGCCCGCAGCUCGACCGCGUUCUGUUCACAGGCUAGUUCCGGAGGUCGUCGGUCAAAGCCUGCUGCUAGAGUGCCACUUGGCCGGUUCAUAAGAGAGGAAAAGCAGGAGAAGACAAUACGCACAGGGAGCAGCUAAAGGACGGGACAGCCAUUGCUUUUUGCUUUCACGGCUAAGAAAAGAAAGCAGCGUCUCGGCUGUGUAUCAGCGGAACAAGAGACAGUCCGGCGGAGGGAACACCGCACCGAGACCCACCUAAACCCCCUCCCCUGUCUCGGUUCGUCUCUUUGACUGAGUGUGUUUUUUGUGAAGAUGUAUUAUCCGACCGUCUUCCUCCUGCUGCCAGUUCUGUGUAGCAUCAUCAGCACCUCCAGAGCUGCAUCCUCAGUAUCCCGGAAGUGUGAGGACAGCUUGGCUACUCCUCUCCCGUACAGCUCAUUCACCAGUUCAUCGGUGUAUGGCCGGGCGUAUGGAGCUGGUUACGCCAAACUCAAUCGGAAACAAGGUGCUGGAGGUUGGUCGCCCUUGGAUACAGACCGUUACCAGUGGUUACAGGUGGACCUGGGUUCUAGGAAGCAGGUGGUCGCCAUAGUGACACAGGGUCGCUACAGUAGCUCAGAUUGGACCAGCAAGUAUCGGUUGCUUUACAGUGACACACAGAAAAACUGGAGGCCUUACCUACAGGAUGGAAACAUCUGGACAUUUGAUGGGAACGUGAACAGUGAGGGUGUGGUCCGCCAUGAGCUGCAGCACGCCAUCCUGGCUCGCUACAUCCGCUUCAUCCCAGUGGACUGGAGCAAAGAUGGACGCAUUGGAGUACGCCUGGAGCUCUAUGGCUGCUCCUACUGGGCAGAUGUGAUCAGUUUUGACGGCCACGGCGUUAUCUCCUACCGCUUGAGGAGUAAGAAGAUGAAGAUUGUGAAGGAUGUCAUUUUUCUGAAGUUCAGAACCACAACUGGAGAUGGGGUCCUGCUCCAUGGAGAGGGACAGCAGGGAGACUACAUAUCCCUGGAGCUCCGCAGGGCAAGACUACAGCUCAGCAUCAACUUAGGGAGUAACCAGUAUGGCUCCAUUCAGGGUCACACCUCUGUGACCAGUGGGAGCUUAUUGGAUGAUGACCACUGGCACUCAGUUGUCAUAGAGCGUUACCGAAGGAAUGUCAACUUCACUCUGGACCACCACACUCAGCAGUUCAGGACCAAUGGAGAGUUUGACCACUUGGACCUGGACUAUGAGAUCAGUUUCGGAGGUUUGCCUGUAUCAGUGAAGCCGAGCUCUGGCGGUAGAGAGAACUUUGUGGGCUGCAUGGAGGGAAUCACCUACAAUGGAGACAACAUCACUAACUUGGUCCGCAGGAAGAAGGUGGACACCUCCAGCUUUCGUAACCUGACAUUCUCAUGCGCUGAGUCCAACUCAUUCUCCGUCUUCUUCAACUCCACGUCCUUCCUGCGGCUGCCGGGUCAGAGCGACAGCGACACUCUGUCUGUCAGUCUGUCUUUCAGGACGUGGAACCCCAACGGGCUGCUGCUGUUCACGGCGCUGGCAGAUGGCUGGGUGGAGGUGGCGCUUACAGAGGGCAAGAUCACGGUCUACAUGAAUGUGACACAGAAGAAGAACACACGCAUUGACAUCUCAUCAGGUUCAGGACUGAAUGAUGGCCAGUGGCACAGUGUCCACUUGAAUGCACUGGAGAACUAUGCUAUGCUGACAGUGGAUGGAGAUGAAGCAUCCACAGUCCGAACAGCCAUCCCCAUCCAGAUCCAGACCGGGGGAACCUACUACUUUGGAGGCUACUUCCUGCACACAAACACCCGGUCACUUCAGCGCUCCUUCCAGGGAUGCAUGCAAAUGAUCCAUGUAGACGACCAUCUAGCUGACCUCAGGGCUUUGGAGCAGGGUCUCAUUGGAACCUUUGAAAAUGUCAGCCUGGAUAUGUGUGCCAUCGUAGACAGGUGUGUUCCUAACCACUGCGAGCACGGUGGUCGCUGUUCUCAGACGUGGGAUACGUUCAGCUGCAACUGUACUGGCACUGGAUACACUGGAGCUACCUGCCAUACCUCAAUGUAUCAGCAGUCCUGUGAGGAGUACAAGCACCAAGGGAAGAGCUCAGGCAGCUACUGGAUCGACCCUGACAGCAGUGGGUCUCUUGCCCCCUUCAGAGUGAACUGUGACAUGACAGGGGAAAAGGUUUGGACUACACUGAAGAACAACCUGUCUCCUCAGACAUCAGUCACCAGUGCAGACCAGGAGGGCAAGGCAGUGCUGCAGAUCACUUACAAUGUGACUGAUGAACAGGUGUUAUCAGUCACCAGCAGUGCAGAAUACUGUGAACAGUAUGUAGCCUACGCCUGCAGAAUGUCUCGUCUGCUCAACACUCCAGAUGGCGUCGCGUUUACCUGGUGGGUAGGAAGAGCCAAUGAGAGGCAUUCUUACUGGGGGGGCUCCGGACCAGGGAUACAGAAGUGUUCCUGUGGUAUCGAACACAACUGUACUGACCCCAGACACUUCUGUAACUGUGACGCUGACCUGCGUGCCUGGAAGGAGGAUGCGGGCCUGUUGGUGUAUAAAGACCAUUUGCCAGUCAGUCAGGUUGUUGUUGGUGAUACAAGCAGAGCUGGAUCUGAGGCCAAGCUGACAAUAGGUCCACUGAAAUGCCAGGGGGACCGUAACUACUGGAACGCAGCCUCCUUCAGCAGUCCCGCCUCCUACCUCCACUUCCCCUCCUUCAGAGGAGAAACAAGCACUGACAUCUCCUUCUACUUUAAGACUUCCUCCACUCAUGGAGUCUUUUUGGAGAACCUGGGAACCACUGACUUCCUUCACAUUGAACUCAGAGGAGGCUCGGUGGUUUCCUUCUCUUUCAACGUGGGCGGUGAGCGGAUGGAGCUCAGCGUCCACUCGCCGGUGCCUCUGAACGAUGACCAAUGGCAUCGUGUGGAGGCUGAGAAAAACAUCAAAGAGGCAGUGCUGCAGCUUAAUGGACAGUACAGGGAGGUCCGACCAACCCCCCCACAGGGACACACAAAACUGGAGUUCUACAGUGAGCUAUAUGUUGGAGCCUCAAGUGGUCAGAGGGGUUUCCUGGGCUGCAUGCGGGCUCUGAAGAUCAAUGGUAUGACCUUUGACCUGGAGGGGAGGGCAAAAGGGACUCAGGGGGUGAACCCAGGCUGCCAGGGCCACUGCAGCAGCUACGCGAUGCACUGCAGGAAUGGAGGGAAGUGUCUGGAGAAGUACAAUGGAUACUCUUGUGACUGCUCCCUCACUGCGUAUGACGGACCCUUCUGCACUGAUGAUGUAGGCGGCUACUUUGAGACAGGAACCCUGGUGCGUUAUGACUUCCUGCCAGAGGCGGGAGCUUUUGCAUUACGGGAGGAGAAGAGCCUGUCAGGUGUUGGUGUUCCUAGCGAGGCCAACCUGACUCAAGAGGAACUGGUGUUCAGCUUCAGCACCUCCAGUGCUCCCAGCAUCCUGGUCUACAUCAGCUCCAGGACUCAGGACUACUUGGCUGUGGUGCUGAGGCACAAUGGCACUCUCCAGAUCCGCUACAGUCUUGGGGGGCUAGCAGAACCUUACACCAUAGAUGUUGACCAUCGUAAUAUGGCCAACGGACAGCCACACUCUAUCAACAUAACGAGGAACUUAAGGGAGAUCCGAAUACAGUUGGACCACUACCCAGUGUCCACAUACACUCUCCCUGAGGACUCUGACACACAGUUCAACUUGGUCAAAAGUAUCUUCCUCGGAAAGGUCUUUGAAACAGGACAGAUUGACCCCAUCCUCAUCGAGCGCUACAACACACCGGGCUUUGUGGGCUGUCUGUCAAGAGUUCAGCUAAACAGUGUGGCACCACUGAAAGCUGCGCUGCGCUCGGGCCUGGCAGCACCCAUCAGCACCCAUGGGAUUCUGGUCCCAUCCAACUGUGGAGCCUCACCCCUGACCAUUUCCCCCAUGGCCUCGGCUAGUGACCCUUGGCACAUCGAAGCUGCUGGAGCUGUUUUCCCCUUCAACGAGGACAAGGCCAGUGAGGAUGGAGUAGAUCGCAACUCUGCCAUUAUUGGAGGCAUCAUCUCCAUGGUGAUCUUCACCGUCCUCUGCAUCAUGGUGUUUGUGAUCCGCCAUAUGUUCCGUCAUAAAGGCUCUUACCACACCAACGAGGCCAAAGGGGCAGAGUCGGCGGACUGCGCAGACGCGGCGAUCAUCGUCAACGACCCAGCCUUCACCGAGACCAUCGAUGAGAGCAAGAAGGAGUGGUUCAUCUGAACCCCCUCUCCCCCCCUUCUCGACAACAUGGACACAUGACGUUAGGAUGUAUGUAGUUUUCUAAGCUUAGGGAGUAGUAGUGAGGUGACCGUCUGCAUAACCUCAAGGAUGUAGUGAGCGGUUUAUUCAAAAAACUUUAUGGAUAAUGGACACCAUGGGGUUACAGUGUGAGUAUUCAAGCACAGGGCAGAGCGCUGCCUGGCAGAGCCUGUGUGGAGGCGCGGAGUGGUUUGUUUUAACUUUAUUUACGACGGACAGUGUGACAGGAUGACAGCCUUCAGAGGGUGUAGAGGACAGUGCCAUGAAGUUACAAACCUUGGAUGUGUGAAUGUGUUCAAUUAUCGUUAAUUUCUGUGUAUCACUUUUUAUUUGAUUUCAGUUUAUUUUAUGUAAUGUAUUUAUUUAUUCAUAUUUAAGUCAUAUAUUUUCUUACUUUGAUGCAUUUAUUUAUUUUUAUACAUUAAUAUCUGUAUGCCUUUUGUGCUGGUAUUAGAGGAAAUGAUGGCAUUAAUGGAAAUGAUCAUUAACCCAUUAAUCCCAAUAAUCCUCCACACCUGUAGCAAUGCUCAUAUACCAGUUUUUUAUAUAUAUAAAUUAUCUCAUCUUGAAUUAUUUGCCUUAUUUUACAUUAUUUGAGUAAGUUUAAUUUCAGAUAAAGACUGAAAACUUUGUGUGUGUGUGUGUGUGUGUGUGUGUGUGUGUGUGUGUGUGUGUGUGGCUUCCUUGUCUGUGAAGGAGAUGUAGCCAUGACUUUGGACUAAGAAAUGGGGGAAAGGAAACGUCACACUUCUAUUUAUUUUUGCAUCUACAUAACUGAUAGUGUUUCUUAUGACUUUUAAGCCUUGAUUGUUGAAACACGUAAUGAUUGCAUCUUUUUUUUGUUUUUUGCUGCCAAAUUUGUUCAGGGGGCGCUUUCAGCUUUUAAAGAAUGAACUGAGUCCUGUCGGUCCACAAGAGCUCCACUUACUGCUUUGUGUUUUUUCAGAUUUCUGAGCCAUUGGUUGUCUUUUGUAACAGUGCCAUGUGAUAAUGCAAAAAUGUUUGCCUAAAAGUGAUACCGCAAGGUUUCUUAACAUAAUAGCGACAUCUUCCUGAGUGCCAUCUGACCCUGAGUGAGUGAUUAAGUUCAAUUUUGGCAAGUCCAGUACGGAGACAGGUGGGGAGCAUGUUUAGCCUAGCUUAGCCCAAAGACUGGAUGGGCAAGAUGAAACUGGACCACCAUUGUAUGUUGUUAGGUAGCAAAACAGAGUUCAAACCUUCAAAGCCGACUAUUAGACUGCAUCCUCCAUUCCAGUUCAGGAACCUAGUCACAGCGUUUUUUUAAAGAUUUUAUUUUAGAUUUUUUUAUUUACAAACACAACCAAACACACACAACCAAACACACACAUAUGAGACGCACGCACCCACACCCCCCUUCCACGCACCCACACCCCCUUCCCCAAGCUGUGAUGAAGAUAAGUCAAAACCUCCACAAGUCUGAGAUAACAAAAUAACCUUUUCACUUCUACAACCCGGGGCUAGCAGAUUCCUUCUGCUCACAAUCUUUGAGCUAGAUGAGAGAUGAUGAAAGAAUAAGGUAAAAACAACAACGAGCUAAAAUGCUUAUUUCUCUUUCCUUUAAAUGGAUGUGAAGUAAUCACCCUCUACCAGCAGCAAUGUCCCCACCUGCUGACAAAUUCUUUCUUGUUUCCAUUUAACAUAGUACUGUGAAAACAGUAUUUUCAUUUCCUGUUUGGUCUAACAAAAAAUAUAAUCACAAGAGACCCAAAAAGUUUUUUCACGUUCUGGAGACAGGAUGUGGUUAUUUACACAAUGAAACCACCAGAUGUAGCAUUGACAGUGUUGCUUUAGCCCAAGCCUUGAACGAUCUGGUAUGAUUUUAGACACUCCAAAACAGGGCCUGUCAUCUGCAGAAAUCAGGAAGUCAACUGAGCUGUCAUUUGCAAAAACCUGAAACAAAUAAACAUUACAACAUUACAUAAUACGAUUCAUAAUUUUCUGAAAAACUGAACAGGGAAUUUACUCAAAAUUGGAAAUUUAAGCAAGUAUUUAAAUACGAGGAAAUCAUGAAUGUUAAUAUCAGCUGACUUUCCCUUUAAUUUUCUAUCAUGGAAUAGUUUUUUCUAUCAAAUGAGAACUUUUUCACAUUUAAUAAGACUUGAAUUUCAAUCAUAAUAUAUAAUCUGAGAAAUACAUAAUGUGUGAUAUUUAAGUCUUUUACCGCUCAGAGCACCAGUACUGUAACAGAGCUUAUAGACGUGCAUGAAAAUCCAGGUGUGAGCUGGCUGGCCAAGGUUUUUUGUAAAUGACAGAUUUCAAAACAAGACCUUGUUUUGUCUAAAGUCAUAUCAGAGUAGACCAAAAGACGUGUUAGCCUGAGCUUACUCAAAACUGGCAGUCCUACAUCUGGCCACAUCCAGUCUCAGAAUACAAUAACACAGGCUUGUUUUUCUCUAGUGAUUUUAUUUUGUUUUAUAAAAUAUGAAAAAUAUGAAAAUCAAACCAUUUUUUAAGUUAAUCUUCAAAACCUGUUUCUGAAAGGAAAAUCCAAUGACCAAAAGACACCCUAACCUGGCCUCACUGACUCUUCAGAUGGGCUGAAAGGACUCUUCGUUCAGGAUUCUUCUAAAACCUGUCCUUUAAAAACCUGAGCUACGUCUUUGAUUUUGAUGAAAUAUUAUAAUGUUUCUGCAAAAGAAUGUUUGUUGACCACAUACAAGAACUAUGGCUUACAUCCUGACAUUUGAUUGUAUUGCAUUUGUAUUCCUUUGACUGCGCUGCAGUGUAACGGCAUGCUGUUUGACACUGAAUGACACACCAAUUCUGUUUGUAGGCCACUGUAGCAUCACAUUUCUUUUUUUCAUGUUAUAUGUAUAAAACUUUGCCUAACUGUUCUUUUUAUAGCCGAUUUCUCAUUCUUUGUGCUUUUCUCAUUGUCUUGACAAAUUUGAUGUUUCCUCUUGAAAAGACAAGUAAAACUAUGAGUACAAACUCA